AAGUUGCUAUGGACGCUGAAAAAAUGCAUGCAUUCCGUCUGUCCAAAAGCGUUUAUUUGCGUUCGGCGCAAGGCUCUCAUAUAAAAGGCUUGCGAAGUAGCAUCAUGCUGUAAAAUUUUCAGCGAUGAACAGCAACUCUACACUGGCGAAGCACCCUCUUUUUCGUACUCAAGUAGAGAAGCUCACUACUGAUGAACGAGUUGCUCUCGCAUACAAGAGAGCGAAACUCAUGUUCAGUACUCAUAGCAUGACGGCCUCCGACGUUCAACACAGCUCUGAACGCUUCUGGGGCUUGUUCACAGAUCCUGCAACAUGUUUGGAUGUCGGAAUGUUUACCAUUCUUGCUGCCCAUGUGGGCUUGACCAUUGGUACUCUGUCGCGCCACCUUGAUGCCCGUCCGGACUUAAGGCCCCUGGUCUCUGAACUGCUUCGUUUUGAGAAAGUAGGCAUCUUUCUCUUGACUGAACGCGGCCACGGCCUCGAUGCUUUCAAUAUUGAAACUACGGCUACACGGUUGUCCGACGGAAGCUACAUUCUCAACACUCCGCGUGAAGAGGCUACCAAAUUUAUGCCCGCCUCUACGCCCGCCUUUGGUAUACCAAAGGUUGCGUUGGUCAUGGCAAGGCUCAUGGAUAAAGGCAAAGAUUUCGGGUGUAGAUAUUUUAUAGUACCUAUCUGCGAUGAAAAAGAAAUGUACACUGGUGUAAAGUCCACACGUCUUCCCCGUCGCAGUGGAACUGGCCCGCUCGAUUUCUCCAUCACCUCGUUUGACAAUGUCCGCCUUCCUUCGACGGCGCUAGUGGCCGCCGAUCCUCACAACAUCACCGCUCCCGAACAGCCAUUAGAAGCAUGGUGGGAUGAGAACUGGAGAAUACAGUUAGGCUCAUUGUUGAUCAUAUCUCCCUUGAUCUAUGCUGUGAAGAUGUCGGCUUAUAUUGUCGGUCGUUAUUCCAUGCACCGGUGCAUCACAGAUCGCAGAAGCUCUUCCAUGGUCCCGAUAAUCUCGUUUAGGACCCAGCAAUGGCCGAUUGCUCAUUCAGUCGCUGUGGGAUACGUGUUGGAUCACUGGUAUGCAUCGGUCAUACAAGAGUCGCGAGAUUCUGCAUUGGAUGGUCGCCUUCGGCAUGCUAUGGCUGUCAUUACGAAGGCUACGGUGGUCCGUCACUUCCAGCGCUGCAUAGCCGAGAUCUCGGAGCGCUGUGGCGCACAAGGAACAUUCGAACAGAAUUACAUGGCAAGAAUGGAGAACGACGGGAAAGGUGCUGUCGUUGCUGAGGGCGAGGUCCUUACCUUGUGCAUCCGGUUGUUCUCCGAACUUCUUUUGAAGCGCUACACUAUCCCCUUACCAGACGCCGAUGAAUCCUUGCUGGCCCAGCAUGCUCACGGUCUGAUGGAAGAGAAUAGCCAGCUCCUUGCUGGAAUAGGUGACCAUCGCAACGAAGAAUUCAACUCCCUCAUUCUUCCCCAAUCUCAACCAGUCAUCGAGGCUCUGGGCCAUGCCUUUGCAUAUUCCGCAGCGAAGAAAGCCAAACUCCCUCAGCCUAUCUUGGAUGUAUACGAAUGCGCUGUGAUUCGCCAAGAUCCAGCCUGGUACUCCGAAGCUGGAGUCUUGCGAGUGCAACAACGCAUGCGCGAAGAUCGUGCUGUUUCUUCGAUGCUGCCGCACUUGACGUCGUACAUUUCUGGACUGAACAUGGCGGAUUUUGCGACUGCACCCAUCGUGUCGAACGAGACUUGGCAGGCGUAUGUGUCUGAGUUGCCAGUAUACUCAGGAAAUGCAAAGAUGGCAGGUAAGGCGUAUGCAAUGCUGUAA